CUGACUGGCUCUAUGUGCUGCUUCUUUCUCUCCUAGUCUGAGCUUUGCUGUAUAGGGAAUUACAAGUGGAUGAUACCUCAUCAAAUCCAAGUACUUACACUAACUGUGUUUAAAAAUAAAUGUAAGAAUGUAGAAAUGUAUACAGAGCAGCUUUGAUCUGUGGUCUCUUAUAAUUGCCUGGAGUUUAGCUCCAAGAGGUAAAUGCUGACAAAGACUACACAUUUAAAUUCUAUUGUAGCUAACCACAUGAAACUAUUAGCAGCUCCUAUUUUUAUUGCUUAGAACUUUUUUUUUUAUGUGUAUGUAGGUGUGUGGACAUUGCUAGACCUGCAUUGCCUAAUACAUAAAGUACUGUGCCAAUGGCAGGUUGGCUUCCUGCUGCAUUCAUGAGAACUAUGGAGGAUCAUUCAGCUAUGGAUUAAUUACAGAGAAAGCUGAGCUUAUCCUACUUUCCACAUCUCCAUUACUAGAUCUCGCCCGCAAACAGGUUAGAGAUGUCCUGAAAGAAGCUUAUCCUGUGCUUGCCUUUCAUUCGGUUUUCUGCAGCCCUACGAGAGAAAAGUCCUCUCUCUCUCUAUCUUUAGCUGAUGCGAGGCUGCUAGAACUUUUGGCGGAGGUGAUUGGGUGGAGCUGGCUUUCCUGGCAUUGUAACACAGAUUUUCCUGUUGUGAUCCAAUGUCAGCAUUCUCGCAUUAGCUAUCCCGGCUUAGCAAAAGGAUUCGUUGUGUUUCAGUAGCAGCGACCAUCAAGGACCCCUGACCUGUCAGCCCUUGGUUGGUUGGUUCCCUUCUUGCACAAUGCUCCAGCUAAAAGAAGUUUGGCGAGAUCCAUCGAUAGCUGAUCAGCUUCCCUGGAUUUCGCUGACGACACAGGAAAGCUUUGCCUGAAGAUGGAAACACUGGAGUCUGAACUGACCUGCCCUAUCUGUCUGGAGCUGUUUGAGGACCCACUGCUGCUGCCUUGCGCUCACAGCCUCUGUUUCAACUGUGCGCAUCGCAUCCUGGUCUCCCACUGUGCCAACAACGAAUCCGUAGAAUCUAUUAACGCCUUCCAGUGCCCCACCUGCCGUUAUGUCAUCACACUCAGCAAGCGUGGCUUAGAAGGACUCAAGCGGAACGUGACUCUGCAGAACAUCAUCGACAGAUUUCAGAAAGCAUCUGUGAGCGGGCCUAAUUCCCCUAGCGAGACGCGCCGUGAGCGGGCAUACGAUACCAACAACAGUAUGACAUCUUGCGAGAAAGUACUCUGCCAGUUCUGUGACCAGGACCAGGCACGAGAGGCCAUAAAAACAUGUGUGACCUGUGAAGUGUCCUACUGUGAUGACUGCUUGAAGGCAACUCACCCUAAUAAGAAACCUUUUACAGGUCAUCGUUUAAUCGAACCUAUCCCUGACUCGCACAUCAGAGGAUUAAUGUGUCUGGAGCAUGAUGAUGAAAAAGUGAACAUGUACUGUGUGACAGAUGACCAACUAAUAUGUGCCUUGUGUAAACUGGUUGGCCGGCAUCGGGAUCAUCAAGUGGCUGCUCUUGCUGACCGAUACGACAAGUUGAAGCAAAGUUUGGAAUGCAACCUCACCAGCCUCAUCAAAAGGAACACAGAAAUGGAAAUGCUGCUAGCCAAGCUUAUUCAGACCUGCCAACAUGUCGAGGUGAAUGCAUCACGUCAAGAAGGGAAACUCAUGGAGGAGAGUGAUCAAUUAAUUGAAAUUAUCCAACAGAGAAGACAAAUUAUUGGCACAAAAAUUAAGGAAGGAAAGGUGGUCAGGCUGCGAAAGUUAGCCCAGCAGAUUGCAAACUGCAAGCAGUGCAUAGAACGAUCCACAUCUCUGAUAUCUCAGGCGGAACAGUCUUUGAAAGAGGCGGACCAUGCUCGUUUCCUCCAGUCAGCCAAGAGUAUUACAGAAAGAGUUUCAAUGGCAACAGCAUCGUCUCAAGUGCUGAUCCCAGAGAUCAACCUGAAUGACACGUUUGACACAUUUGCUUUGGAUUUCUCCAGGGAGAAGAAGAUGUUAGAAUGUCUUGAUUAUCUCACAGCUCCCAGUCCUCCAAUCAUCAGGGAAGAACUCUGCACAGCAUCUUACGACACAAUUACUGUUCACUGGACAUCUGAUGAUGAAUUCACUGUUGUUUCCUAUGAACUUCAAUAUACCAUAUUUACAGGACAAGCCAAUGUUGUCAGUUUGUGUAACUCUGCCGACAGCUGGAUGAUUGUUCCAAAUAUCAAACAGAACCACUAUACAGUACAUGGCCUGCAAAGUGGCACCAAGUAUAUCUUCGUUGUCAAGGCCAUCAAUCAGGCUGGCAGUCGAAACAGCGACCCUGGAAAACUAAAGACAAACAGUCAGCCUUUUAAGCUAGACCCCAAAUCUGCACACCGGAAGCUAAAAGUUUCACAUGACAACCUGACUGUAGAAAGAGACGAAACUUCUUCAAAAAAGAGCCACACACCAGAGCGUUUUACAAGCCAAGGAAGUUAUGGUGUAGCUGGCAACGUGUUCCUUGACAGUGGCCGCCAUUACUGGGAAGUGGUUAUAAGUGGAAGCACCUGGUACGCCGUUGGCAUUGCAUACAAGUCAGCACCAAAACAUGAGUGGAUAGGAAAAAAUUCUGCCUCUUGGGUAUUCUGUCGCUGCAACAACAACUGGGCAGUAAGACAUAACAAUAAAGAGAUUCCAAUUGAGCCCUCACCACACCUCCGCCGCAUUGGAAUUUUGUUAGACUAUGAUAAUGGCUCUCUGUCAUUUUAUGAUGCAUUGAACACUAUUCAUCUCUACACUUUUGAUAUUGCUUUUGCACAGCCUGUGUGUCCAACUCUCACUGUAUGGAACAAAUGUCUGACAAUAUUAACAGGCCUUCCUAUACCAGAUCACCUGGACUGCAUUGAGCAGCUGCAAUGAUUCCUCCUUGUGCAAUCAGAACUUCUAUUGAGUGCAUUGUUGCUUCGAAGAUUUUACUUUUCUUGGUUGAAGUUAAAAACAGGAAUGUUUUAUUGGUUAUUUAUGGAUUUUUGACUAUUAGAAUUUUUUUUCUGUUUUGCACAUUGACUUAUUUGUCGAUCUGCCCCAUCCUGCUUAUGGUGCUCACAAUAGAAUGUGAUUGACUAAGUCUGCAGGUCUUGGAUUUUUCCUCUUUGCUUUUCAGUAAAAUGCCACUCCAGGUGCCGAUACCACAAUGGAUAUUUCUGGAGAUUUGUGAUAUUGUUUUAUUUUAGUUACAAAUACAACCAGAAAUUGAGUUAAAAAAAACAAACAUUUUUGGAGCAUAUAAUAUUGGAUCAUUAUUGGUGCAUUAAAAAGGUAUGGCUUAAACAUACUGUAUGUUCAUGUGUUAUAGGAACCAGCUAUGUGGAUUAGACUUGUAUAGGAAUGUUUUGAUUAAAUCCAAACUGUAAUGGAAUAGUUGGGAGAAAAUCACUGGUAAUGGAGCAGAACGAUAUUGAAAGACUUUAACUGAAUGUACAAGGUAUGCCUUUCCCAAUCUGUCACUAGAGGAAUCAGAGAAGUUCCUCAUCUGCAAUGCCAACUCCCUAAAAAAAAUGCAUCAAGCCCCCAUCUCAAUAAUAGUCAGCUAAUAAUCAGCUUGAGGUUUAUGAUACAAGGUGAGAAGUUUAGGUGAUAUCACAUGAAAAGUGGCCACAAACACAAAAUGGUUUCAGAGCAUGCAUGGUACAGACACUAUUAGGGAACUUAUCUGUCAGCAUGCUGAACACUCGAUUGACUUGUAUGCUUGGUUCUGCCACACUGCCAAGUAACACAUGUAGAGGGGAGCUGAUGACAGCUUGUUAGUGGAGAAAGAUUGCAAUAAGGGUAGGUUUUCUAACCUAUCUACUGUUCCCAUGGCAGUGGUGACUAACUGGCUUAGAGGUCGCUGACAGGCAUACAAUCCUAUCCUGCUCCAGUUUACAAUAUGAGACUUGUGUUGAUGGCUGCAUUCACAGGGUGAGACCUGAGAAUAGUUUGCUUUUUCUGCAAAGGAGAAACCCUUCGGUAUUAAAAAAAAAA